AUUUUGAAUCUCCGAAGCCUUUUCUUCUUAAAAUAUUUAAAAGAAUAAAAAAGCCUAAUAAACUUUUAUCUUCACCAUUUAAUUAACCAUUGGAAAAUCCUGCUUCCAAAUAAACUAACCGUCUUCGCCUUCGUAAAACCCUCCCACAAUAUAUACACCUCCCUCCAUUUUACAGAUAACUUCCUAAUUACUUUUCCUCUCCAUUUGAAGUCAUCUCUGUGUCAAUUCCAAUUCAAACCCACCACGCGCUUCUCUCUCGCUCCGUCUGCAUCGCCAGUCGCCACCAAUCCUUCACAUCUGCUACCGAAGCUGUUCCUUCCGGCAGAUCCCCCGCGCAAUUCCUCAGAUCCAGGGCGAUCUCCGAUCUGACGGCUGCGGGCGGCUGCGCCGGCGGGACUCUCUACAGAUUCCUGCUUGUUUCCUUCAUUUCUAACUAGCUCGGAGAUAUGGAGAAUUUGAUCUCUCUAGUUAACAAGAUUCAGAGAGCUUGUACUGCUCUCGGUGAUCACGGGGAAGCUAGCGCGUUGCCGACUCUUUGGGACUCUUUGCCGGCUAUCGCCGUCGUCGGUGGCCAGAGUUCCGGGAAGUCGUCCGUGUUGGAGAGCAUAGUAGGAAAGGACUUCUUGCCUCGUGGAUCUGGGAUUGUUACUAGAAGACCUCUAGUGUUGCAGCUUCAUAAGCUAGAGGAAGGAAGCAGAGAGUAUGCUGAGUUCCUCCACCUUCCGAGGAAAAGGUUCACCGAUUUUGGUGCUGUGCGGAAAGAGAUUGCAGACGAGACUGAUAGAGAGACAGGACGCUCUAAACAAAUAUCUAGUGUUCCAAUCCAUCUCAGCAUAUAUUCUCCAAACGUUGUCAACCUUACGCUGAUCGAUCUUCCUGGGCUCACAAAAGUAGCUGUUGAGGGUCAAUCUGACAGUAUUGUGCAGGAUAUCGAGAACAUGGUGCGCUCCUUUAUUGAGAAGCCCAACUGUUUAAUUUUAGCAGUAUCACCUGCAAAUCAAGAUCUUGCCACAUCUGAUGCUGUUAAAAUUUCCCGCGACGUGGACCCGACAGGAGAGAGAACUUUUGGAGUUUUGACAAAGAUUGACCUCAUGGACAAGGGUACUGAUGCAGUAGAAAUAUUGGAAGGAAAAGCUUACCGGUUAAAAUUUCCUUGGAUUGGUGUCGUGAACCGUUCUCAAGCUGACAUUAACAAGAACGUGGACAUGAUCGCUGCUCGGCGUAGAGAGCGUGAGUAUUUUGCAACCACCCCAGAGUACAAGCACCUUGCUAACAGAAUGGGUUCUGAGCACCUAGCAAAAAUGCUGUCAAAACAUUUAGAAGUUGUAAUCAAGUCCCGUAUCCCUGGCCUUCAGUCACUUAUUAACAAGACAAUCGCUGAGCUGGAAGCUGAGCUUAGUCGCCUUGGGAAGCCUAUUGCUACUGAUGCCGGAGGGAAGCUAUAUUCAAUCAUGGAGAUUUGCCGUCUUUUUGAUCAAAUAUAUAAGGAGCAUCUGGAUGGAGUUCGACCAGGAGGUGAAAAGGUAUACAAUGUAUUUGAUAACCAGCUUCCUGCUGCCCUGAAGAGGUUGCAAUUCGACAAACAGCUUGCUAUGGAGAAUAUCCGUAAACUGAUCACUGAAGCUGAUGGGUACCAACCACAUUUAAUAGCUCCCGAGCAGGGAUAUCGCCGUCUGAUUGAAUCUUCGUUGGUUACUAUCCGAGGUCCUGCUGAGGCAGCUGUUGAAGCGGUUCAUUCCAUAUUAAAGGAGCUUGUACAAAAGGCCAUCCAUGAGACGCUGGAGUUGAGGCAGUACCCUGGUCUCAGAGUAGAGCUUACAAACGCAGCUGUUGAAUCACUUGACCGAAUGAAAGAAGAAAGCAAGAAAGCAACACUGAAGCUGGUGGACAUGGAGUGUAGUUACCUGACUGUUGAUUUCUUCAGAAAGCUUCCCCAAGACAUUGACAAGGGUGGCAACCCUACUCAUUCCAUAUUUGACAGAUACAAUGAUUCGUAUCUUAGACGGAUUGGAAGCACAGUUCUUUCCUAUGUGAAUAUGGUGUGUGCAACCUUACGGAACUCUAUUCCCAAGUCCAUCGUCUAUUGCCAAGUGCGUGAGGCCAAACGAAGCCUCCUUGACCAUUUCUUCACCGAGCUGGGAAAAAUGGAGCAAAAGCAAUUGUCACAGUUGUUGAACGAAGAUCCUGCGGUGAUGGAGCGCCGCAGCGCCCUCGCAAAGAGGCUGGAGUUGUAUAGGUCUGCGCAGGCCGAGAUCGACCAAGUCGCUUGGGCGAAGUAAAGGUAAUGACGAUAUCGCUCACAUGAAAAAGAAUGGAAUAUGUCGUCGGGCCAUCUGGGAUGUUGUUUGGUGAUGUUGGCGUCUGGUAUUGUAGUAUUAGUUGAUGAGAUUUUCAUUGGUGACCUUGCUUCAUUUGUUUGCCAUCCGCUGAUUCAUUUUUAUUAUGUAGUUCUCCUCCUGUGAGCUAUUAAGAUUUUCCUCGUCUUUGAUUUGGCUGGCUUUAGUAAACGAAUUGACGGCUAUACGGAUAGAGCCUGUGUAUAUGUGUAUACGGAGAGAGCCUGUGUUUUGCUUAGCUUAUGCUGCAUUCUUAGGUUUGGAGUUGCCCUACAUGGUAAUUUUGCUGUUUUUAUGUGGCUGUCUACUAGAAAUUUCACUUCUUCCAAUUAGUAAACUAUGUGAUGCAACAUGCCCUCUGAGAGAUGGAAAAGCUGUAAGGAGGGUUGUCUGCCACUGACGGGUUUCGAAGCUGUGAUCUUCGAGCUGCCGAGCCAGAGUGUGAUGGUGGAACGAAUCGUCAUUUACAUAUGAAGUUGUUCGUCUCCUGCGAAACCUGUUCGUCGUAUGUAUGCAUAUGGCAUUUUGGUAGACGAUAGGCGAAUGAAGCGGCAGAUGUAGUGGCUCACCAUCACCGCCAUCCUCGUUACCAAUUUCAUACAAUAGCAGUUUGGUGUGCCAUCUGAUGGACUUCAGAUGGGUUGAGAUAGUUCCAUAAUGGUGCUGCCAAAGCUUAAAGAAAGAAAAUCUAUGACAUAGUCUGACCUAGUUUAGCCUAGCGAUUAUGACACAAUAACAUCAACAUGGUGGUUUUUAUUAGUGCACAGUUUAUACUUUAUUGUGAUCGGGAAUUGCUGAUCAAAAAGUUAAGUAGGGCUUUUGGCCCAUAGUUCUGGGCUAUUGAACUGGCCCAGUUUAGCCCGUUAUGCUGAACGGAUUCUUCUCGAUAGGUUUGGGUAAAUUGGGUUAGGAUAUUUCCACACCCAACCAACCCAAUCUCGGGUUGAGUAUCCGAGUAGCCGAACCAAAAGGUUCUCCCACAGAUUCCCAAAUUCCUUACCGUUCCGUUACCGGGCCGCUUUCCUCUCCUGUCGCUGUAUGACGUUUUAACUGACAACAAAAAACUUUCAACUCAAGUUCAUAUGGUUCGUAGAUCCCAGCCCAAAACUCAGAUUCAAAUGCGAAAGAAGACGAGAAACGAAGAGACAGAGGAAGAAAGGAAUCUUAACGUUCGUCUUAUUUCAUCAUUGGAUUUGAUCUGCCCUUCUCUCCCGGGAUCAAAAGGUACGUAUCACCGUGUCCCAUUCUUCAUUUCUGAAUCCGUUUCCCCCUCUUCUCUUGUAAGAUUUAGAUUUUAGACGUACCUGGAUUUUCUGUUUCCAUUUCUGUGAAUUGGGUUUGCCUUCAUUUCCCUGUCGGUUCUAGCUACCGUCUCCGGGUGGUCUUCCCUGGAAAUGAAAAUGUCGCCGGGGAUGUAAUUGGAAAACGUUGGUCGGUUUCUAUGCACGCGAGUUCGACAGGGGAAAGUUUGGUUCAGUUCCAAUCCGUUCUCUUUGCGCCUGCUGCUGUAAAGGUGGGAACUUUAUGGAAUACCGACUGGUUAUUACGCCAGAGAUGCAUGUUCAUGAUGACCUCUUUACUAGGUUAUGAAGGGGCUAAGUUUUGUUAUUCUGGUGUUGUUGGUUUCCAGUUCCUGUCUCUGGGUGGUCUUCCCAGGAAUAUGAAAUGUCGCCGGGGAUGUAUUUGGAAACCGUUAGUCGGUUUGAAUGCACGCAAAUUCGACUGGGGAAUGUUUGGUUCAGCUUCCAAUCUUCGCUCUUUGUCCCAGGCUUUUGUAAAGGUGGAAACUUUACAGAAUGCUGAUGGUUAUUAGGCUGGUGAUGCAUGUUCAUGAGCUCUUUUAAUUAGGUUAUGAUCGCUUGAAAUGAAAAGGGGGCUAAACAUAUUCAUCUGGUAACUUUGGGGAUAUCGUUGGAGAUUGCUUGCAGGCUUGCGGUUCUUUCAAAUCCAUUGUGAAAGUAAGGGAAGAUUUGCUGGUGUUGAUGGUUUUCUGGCCUUCCCCUGCAUUGGAUUUGGCAUUUGCUUUAUUUAUUUGUUCAGAGGGUUCAUAAUCGACUUAUUGUUAGUUCUUUAGGUAUGAUGAUUGGGGAUUUCCCAACUGGUGGGAGUUGGAAAUGAUUUGUCACAUGAGAAACCUUAAAAUUUGAUUGCUACUUCUUUAUUCUUCUUUGAUCAUAGAAGUUUGUUGUAAACCAUGAGCCACUUGCUAAUCUAUUGUUGUGUUCUUGAAUGCACCAGUAACUCGUUGCGUAGGAUCAGGAGAUCGCAGAAGGCACAUAUCAACUUAUUGGUGCUAUCCCAAUCCCAAUAUCAACUUAUUGUUAGUUCUUUAGUAACUCGUUGCGUAGGAUCAGGAGAUCGCAGAAGGCACAUAUGCUACCAUGGAGUCCGAGAGGGAAGAUUUCAACCUCUCAGGACCCUUGCACUUGACUUUUGUUGAUUGGUCUAAUGCACAUCAUCGAAGAUCCGUCGCAGCCAGUUUAGUCCAAGCCGUCUACAUCCUAGAGCGAGACCGCCAGCUCAAACGCCAGCAUCCAAUCGCACUUGCACCGCCAUGGUGGGAGUUUUUCCACUUCAAGUUGCUCCGCAAGCUGGUAGACGAUGCUGAUCACUGCAUCUUUGGAGCCAUCUACGAGUACAGACCACCAACCCCUCAUGGUCACCAGUCCCUCGAUGCAAGCCCACGUUACGUGAUCGCCUUCCGUGGAACCUUAACCAAGCCCGAUUCUUUCGCACGGGACAUCGAGCUUGACCUCCACAUCAUCAGGAACGGGCUCCACGAGACCUCCCGCUUCGAGAUAGCAAUCCAGGCAGUACGCAACAUGGUGGCAGCAGUAGGCGACUCCAACGUCUGGCUGGCUGGACACUCUCUGGGAGCAGCCAUGGCAAUGCUGGCAGGGAAAACCAUGGCCAAGAAUGGAACUUUCAUACCGGCAUUUCUCUUUAACUCGCCAUUCUUCUCCGCCCCCAUCGAGAGGAUCAAAGACAAGCGAGUGAAGCAUGGGAUUCGGAUUGCUGGCAGCGUGAUCACAGCUGGGCUCGCAUUUGCUUCCAAGAGGAACUACAGCAGCCAGCAGGCAGGCAGUCGGUCUGUGGCUGAUCCUUUUGUAGCUCUCUCGUCGUGGGUGCCUUGCGUGUUCGUCAAUCCAGGGGACCCGAUAUGCUCGGAGUACGUGGGGUACUUUGAGCAUAGGAAGAAGAUGGAUGAGAUUGGGAUUGGAGCGAUCGAGAAGCUGGCGACUCAGAACACGUUGGGCGGGCUGCUGAUGAGUGCAAUGGGGAGGGAUUCGGAGCCGUUGCACCUCAUCCCUUCAGCAGUUCUGGCUGUGAAUUUGAGCCCUGCGCAGGAUUUCAAGGAAGCUCACGGGAUUCACCAGUGGUGGAGGCCCGAUUUACAGCUGCAAUCCAACAUUUACAAGUACAAAUAGACUUUGCUGGUUGUCACACAGGCCUGCCGGUCACCUCCCCUGUAGAAGAACUUAUGUCACAUUCGAUUCUUUUUUUUUUUUUUUUGUGCUGUUCUUGCCCAUAUUUAAUUUGAUGGAUCAUAUGUCAUGUGAUCGAUAACGGUUGAAUUCAUUUUGUGUCUAAUGGUUUUGAAUCAUACAAUAUGAGCAAUCCAAUGACAUAAGUAUACAUUUCGAAAUCCUGGUUUAAGAAUAUGUAAAUUUGAAUCAUAAAACUAUCCUUUGAAGGACUGCAUCCGUUUCUCCCAACAGGAAAAAAAAAAAAAAAGACCGAAUGCCGUACC